CAUCUUACAACCACUAGGCUAGUACUAGGAGCCUGUCGAAAAUGAAACAAUGUUUUUCAUAUACUUCUGCCUACUUUAGAGCGCUGUCUAUCAACCGGCAGGGUGGCACCAAGUUUGUUCAUGUUUAACCUCAAAUCAUGGUUGGCCACUGUUUAUGGAAAGUUUUCUGAAUAAUUAUUGGACUAUCUGACUGUCAUUUUCCCACACAGUCAUUGAACUUGUGACGGUGUUGGGCAAGGUUUUUGUCAGUUCGCCUACCUAGUAAAAAGCUUAACCUGUGGCAGCGCGCAUACUCUCUGCCUGGCCGGUUUCUGUUUGUGGAAGGAGGGAUCCCUACAGUCAGCGUACUAGAACUCUUCGAUACAAGGGAGCGAAAUCAUUUUGUGGAGAAGACCCAUCGUUAAAAGCCUCUUCACUCACCCCAUCUGAAUCCCAUUUCUCCUCCCUGUGUGGUGCUCUGCCCCAUGAUGAGUGCGCAGCCUCGGAGGAUCCGCCUAAAGCCCUGGCUGUUAGCCCAGGUGAACAGCGGGAGGUACCCCGGCCUGCAGUGGCUCAGCCCGGACCACCGGAUCUUCCAGAUCCCCUGGAGGCACGCCACAAGACACCUGCCCACCUCUGAGGAAGAGAACACCAUCUUCAAGGCCUGGGCUCUGGAGACGGGGAAGUACCAGGAGGGUCUGGAUGAGCCUGACCCUGCCAAGUGGAAGGCCAACCUGCGCUGUGCCCUCAACAAGAGCCGGGAGUUCAAACUGAAAUACGACGGCACCAAGGAGACACCUGUCCAGCCCUACAAGAUCUAUGAGGUCUGUGACCAGCCCUGCAAUGGAGACACAGUUGAUGAAGAUGAGGAGGAGAUGCCGAAUAUUGUUGGUCUCUCCAUUGACCCCAGAAUUAGUGACCCACACAGUUUUCAGACAUUCCCUACUGCACAUAGGAUAGACUUUCCCUUCAGCUCCGCUCUCAAUGACAAAUAUGGCACCCCCCACCACACCCCUAUGUACUCCAAUCCCAACGGGAGCAUUACCAUGGCAGCGCAUCUCCCUCAGCCAACCAUGGCUCCCCCGGAGUUUUCUGCCGACGUUCCAUUGGUGGUGAAGUUGGAACAUGGGGUCUUUGUGCACCCUGGACCGGUAGGACCCUCCAACAGCCUGGGGAUGGGUGGAGGGAGCAUGCAGCCUCCUGUGGUCACCGAGAUGUCCCCCAUGGUUCCUUCUGCUGCAUCUGUGGCUCCGGUUGCCCCUAACCCAGGUGCCGACCCCAUGGAGGCCAUGUCAGGAGUCCAGAACCAGGAAGAAGAGCAGGCGGUGCCACCCUACAAAUAUGACCUGCUGAACAGCCUGCCAUUGACUGACCUAGACAUGAAGUUCCAGUACCGGGGUCGCAAGAUGGGCUCCCUGACGGUGAGUAACCACCAAGGCUGCCGGCUGUACUACGGCCACCUGGAGCCCACCCCGGAGCAGGUGGACCUGUUCGGCCCUGUCACCCUCAACCAAGUUCUCUUCCCUGGCUCGGCCGACAUCCAGAACGAGAAGCAGCGGUUCUACACAGAGCACCUGCUGGAUGUGAUGGACCGAGGCCUGAUCCUGGAGAUCUGGGAGCAGGAUAUAUACGCUAUCAGGUUGUGUCAGUGCAAGGUGUAUUGGUCUGGGCCGGGCGUUGACGAGCAGGGGCCACCCAACCCUAUGGAGAGGGAGAGGAAGUACAAAGUGUUCAGCCUCAAUAACUUCCUGCACGGGCUCAUCUUGUUCCAGAAGGGUGAAACUCCCACCCCACCACCGUUUGAGCUCUACUUCUGCUUUGGGGAGGACUGGCCAGACCAACGGAAACCCAAGGAGAAGAAGCUCAUCGUUGUGCAGGUGGUCCCCGUGGUGGCGCGGAUCCUAACAGAGAUGUUUUCUGGAGACCUGUCCUGGUCCACAGACAGCAUCCGGCUGCAGAUCUCCAACCCAGACCUGAAGGAUCAGACGGUGGAACAGUUCAAGGAACUCCAGAGGCUUCUCCAGAGUCAGCAUGGCCUGGGACCCUGAGUCAGGGGCCUCUUUCUGGGUCUUAAACAGGGCCUGCCUGUCCUGGAUAAAUAACCUUAUUCAACUCCCAUUAAUGUUUUGUGUGUUGGAAUUAUUAGCCUUCUUUCAACUCUGAGCCUCCCUCAAUAUAAUCUUCAUCCAUACCAUCCAGCCUAGAGCUCUGUGUCUUAACGGGAUCUUGGGUAGAACUACUUCUACAUCAUCAAAACCCAGACUGCUGUAUCCUCAUUGUGUUUAGUCUCUUAAAUUAUUUUUUGAAUUACAAUAAUUACCACUGCAGUAUUUUUUUUAAUAUAUAGUUGUGGCAGAUAUUACUUUUAACUGUCACUAAUUUCUAGCCAUUUUCCUUUCGCAACACUGUAACUGGCUCUCUCGAGAGAAUUGACACUGAUGCUAUGAAGCCAAAAAUGUGACACACACAAUGUGAAAAGUAUUGUAAUGUUAUUUUUUAUGAAUACAUUAAUCAG